AUGGCGACAACAUUUCUACUACCACUGCUCUAUGCUGGUGGAGCUUGUGCUCAGUAUGUCCCCGUGCCGUGGGCAUACACACAGAAUGAGCCACCCGUUAAGGUCUCUGUUGACGCUACGGUUCGACAUCAAACGAUGAUCGGAGGUGGCUGCUCAGGAGCCUUUGGUGUCGCCUGCGACCAGACCGGAUCUCGAGGCCUCUCUCCUUCGAACCAGCAGCUCGUCAGCGACUAUUUGUUCAAUGAGAAUCUCGGAGGUCUUUCUGUUUUGCGCAACCGCGUUGGCUCGAGCCCUACAGACGGCAUCCUCGGCAGCUGUCCUACAAGCCCAUCAGCACCGGCCAACUACUCAGGCUUGGGAACGAACGAUUCCACCGCCGACAGUUGCCAGCUCAAGCUCACACAACAAGCUUUGACAGCCAACCCGGAUCUGUUCAUCUAUGCAGACGCUUGGUCUGCUCCAGGCUGCUUCAAGACCGAUGCCACAGACAUCAACGGCGGACUCAUCUGCGGCGUGCGCGGAACGAAUUGCACCCACGACUGGCGACAAGCAUAUGCUGACUACCUUGUGGAGUACGUCAGAUUGUAUGAAGAGAAGGGUAUCAACGUCAACCUGAUUGGUGCUUACAACGAGCCCGAUUUCAAUCCCGUCACCUAUGCUAGCAUGGACUCCGACGGAUACCAGGCUGCCGACUUCCUUAAAGUUCUCUAUCCUACCGUCAAGAAGUAUCGGGAAGACUUGAAGGUGUCCUGCUGUGACGCUACUGGUGCUCGUCAGGAACGUAACCUCCUUUAUGAACUGGAUCAAGCUGGUGGCGGCAAGAUGUACGAUGUCGCGACAUGGCACAACUAUCAGAGUAUGCCUGAGCGACCUUUCAAUACGCAUGGUCAGCCAAACAUGGAGACCGAGUGGUCAGACGGUAGCGGUCCGUUCAAUACUACUUGGGAUACCACGGGUCAGUUGGCGGAGGGUCUACAAUGGGCGAUCUACAUGCAUCAAGCCUUCGUAUACAGCGACACAUCCGGCUACCUCCACUGGUGGUGCGCACAAGACAACCCCGGAAACACCACCGGCAGCGACGCCAUCCUCGUACGUCUGCGAGGUAACACCUUCGAAGUAUCCCGCCGUCUCUGGGCCUUUGCCGGCUACUUCCGCUUCGCACGUCCGGGAUCCGUUCGUAUCGAUGCUAUCAGUCCUGCUGAGAAUCUCAAGGUUACGGCGUUUGAGAACACGAAUGGGACGCUGGCGAUUCCGGUUAUCAAUGAGGCGCACUAUGAGAGACAGGUUGAGCUCCGAGCCGUACAGGAAGCGCAGCAGGAACAGGCAGAGCGCAUCGCCAAGUUGGAGCAAGAGAACGCAGAUCUCAAGGACUUCAAGGAGAGGAUCAUCGACAUCGCUGACCGAGUUCAAGCUUUGGAGCAGCGCGAAGCCUAUCGUGCCUCCAGACGCAGAGAGGCAGUCAUUCUACUCAGUAAUAUGCGUACCCUGCAUCAAGAAGCCGACAAUGGAUUCCAACAACGCACAGCGGACAUGCAACCGGAUGACCUCGAAGGACUGUUGGGCGCGUAUGGCAUCAUGUUGACUACUGCAAUGAACAACCACCAGCGCAUGCUUGGCCAGAUGCGUGCGAACGGCCAGUUUCCAGCGUACACAACACCAGUUCCGCAGACUCGACAAGUGCUUGCACCGGUGCAGCGGCUCCACGUCUAUCCGCCGGCGUACUCAGAGCCUAGAUUGUGUCAUGCGCACAGCUUACCUUACUGCCGAGUGUGCGGUAAGUAG